AACUCACCCUCUUUCUGGGGCUUUUCUCACUUCCCCAAUUUGUGCCUCCUCCACUCCUCCAGUUCGCAUCUCGGGUGGGAGGGAUAAGACGCCGAGCGAGGAUCAAAUUUGGGAAAUGAAAUGAAAAAGGUGCGACUAAGUGGUGCAUGACACGUUUCCUCACACAAGACUCCGAGGACGAAUCAGAAAGAGAGCCACAGAAACAGGAGACUGCUUGGAGAAAAGAAAGAGAGGAAGCUGAACUUCCAGGUGUGGGCUCUGCUAUGAAUCAGUGUGAGGACAGAGAGGAGGGAGUCCCUCCCUCUAAAAGCACUCUGUGUGGGGAACAUGACAGCCAGACCAAAGCUCAGAGCCCAGAGCAGCAGCAGGGACCAGAUUCUGUUGGACCAGGACCUGGACCUGGACCUGGACCCAGCUGUGUGUCCAUCAGGAGUGACUGGUCUAAGGGCAAACUUAUUGACUUCAAAGGUGGACACCACUCUGCUGAUCAAAGGAUCCAUCGGCAGAGACCAGAUUCUCCUGGACCCAGCUGUGUGUCCGUGAACAGCGACCGUCAUGUCCCUGUUCACUUCAAAGCUGGACAUAAUGAUGCUGAACAAAAAGUUGAUGAGCAGAGCUCAGAGGUUCCCAGUGGUCAGUCUGCCCAGCAGCAUCAAACAGACCUGGACUCCAUAUUUAUGCUGCUCCAGGAAAACAUUGGCAGGUUUGUGAAGAACGAGGUGAAGAAGUUCCAGAGAGUUCUGAGUCCAGAUUACCCAGCAUGCUUAGAGAGCCAGAGGGAGGAUGAGGAGGUGUUGGACGGUGAGGAGGAGCAGAGGAGGAGCAGCAGAGAGGCAUUUCUGAAGAUCACACUGCACUUCCUGAGGAGAAUGAAGCAGGAGGAGCUGGCUGAGCGUCUGCAGAGCAGAACUGCUGCUCCAAUGUGCCGACGUAAACUCAAGUCUAACCUGAAGAAGAAGUUCCAGUGUGUCUUUGAGGGGAUUGCUAAAGCAGGAAACCCAACCCUUCUGAACCAGAUCUACACAGAGCUCUACAUCACAGAGGGAGGGACUGCAGAGGUCAAUGAUGAACAUGAGGUCAGACAGAUUGAAACAGCAUCCAGGAAACCAGACAGACCAGAAACAACCAUCAGACAAGAAGACAUCUUUAAAGCCUCACCUGGAAGAGAUGAACCAAUCAGAACAGUGAUGACAAAGGGAGUGGCUGGCAUUGGGAAAACAGUCUUAACACAGAAGUUCACUCUGGACUGGGCUGAAGACAAAGCCAACCAGGACAUACAGUUCACAUUUCCAUUCACUUUCAGAGAGCUGAAUGUGCUGAAAGAGAAAAAGUACAGCUUGGUGGAACUUGUUCAUCACUUCUUUCCUGAAACCAAAGAAGCAGGAAUCUGCAGCUUUGAAGAGUUCCAGGUUGUGUUCAUCUUUGACGGUCUGGAUGAGUGUCGACUUCCUCUGGACUUCCACAACAAUGAGGUCCUGACUGAUGUUACAGAGUCCACCUCAGUGGAUGUGCUGCUGACAAACCUCAUCAGGGGGAACCUGCUUCCCUCUGCUCGCCUCUGGAUAACCACACGACCUGCAGCAGCCAAUCAGAUCCCUCCUGAGUGUGUUGACAUGGUGACAGAGGUCAGAGGGUUCAGUGACCCACAGAAGGAGGAGUACUUCAGGAAGAGGUUCAGAGAUGAGGAGCAGGCCAGCAGAAUCAUCUCCCACAUCAAGACAUCACGAAGCCUCCACAUCAUGUGCCACAUCCCAGUCUUCUGCUGGAUCACUGCUACAGUUCUGGAGGAGGUGUUGAAGACCAGAGAGGGAGGAGAGCUGCCCAAGACCCUGACUGAGAUGUACAUCCACUUCCUGGUGGUUCAGUCCAAACUGAAGAACGUCAAGUAUGAUGGAGGAGCUGAGACAGAUCCACACUGGAGUCCAGAGAGCAGGAAGAUGAUUGAGUCUCUGGGAAAACUGGCUUUUGAGCAGCUGCAGAAAGGAAACCUGAUCUUCUAUGAAUCAGACCUGACAGAGUGUGGCAUCGAUAUCAGAGCAGCCUCAGUGUACUCAGGAGUGUUCACACAGAUCUUUAAAGAGGAGAGAGGGCUGUACCAGGACAAGGUGUUCUGCUUCGUCCAUCUGAGCGUUCAGGAGUUUCUGGCUGCUCUUCAUGUCCAUCUGACCUUCAUCAACUCUGGUGUCAAUCUGCUGGCAGAAGAACAAACAACCUCCCGGCUGUCUAAAGUCUUCAGAGACAAACUUAAACUAACACAUCUCUACCAGAGUGCUGUGGACAAGGCCUUACAGAGUCCAAAUGGACACCUGGACUUGUUCCUCCGCUUCCUCCUGGGUCUCUCACUGCAGACCAAUCAGACUCUCCUACGAGGUCUGCUGACGCAGACAGGAAGUAGCUCACAGACCAACCAGAAAACAGUUGAGUACAUCAAGAAGAAGAUCAGUGAGAAUCUGUCUCCAGAGAGAAGCAUCAAUCUGUUCCACUGUCUGAAUGAACUGAAUGAUCGUUCUCUAGUGGAGGAGAUCCAACAGUCCCUGAGUUCAGGAAGUCUCUCCACAGAUAAACUCUCUCCUGCUCAGUGGUCAGCUCUGGUCUUCAUCUUACUGUCAUCAGAAAAAGAUCUGGACGUGUUUGACCUGAAGAAAUACUCUGCUUCAGAGGAGGCUCUUCUGAGGCUGCUGCCAGUGGUCAAAGCCUCCAACAAAGUUCUGUUGAGUGGCUGUAACCUCUCAGAGAGAAGCUGUGAAGCUCUGUCCUCAGCUCUCAGCUCCCAGUCCUCUAGUCUGAGAGAGCUGGACCUGAGUAACAACAACCUGCAGGAUUCAGGAGUGAAGCUGAUGUCUGCUGGACUGAAGAGUCCACACUGUACACUGGAAACUCUCAGUCUGUCAGGCUGUCUGAUCACAGAGGAAGGCUGUGCUUCUCUGGCCUCAGCUCUGAGCUCCAACCCCUCCCAUCUGAGAGAGCUGGACCUGAGUAACAACAACCUGCAGGAUUCAGGAGUGAAGCUGCUGUCUGCCGGACUCGAGAGUCCACACUGUACACUGGAAACUCUCAGGCUGUCAGGCUGUCUGAUCACAGAGGAAGGCUGUGCUUCUCUGGCCUCAGCUCUGAGCUCCAACCCCUCCCAUCUGAGAGAGCUGGACCUGAGUAACAACAACCUGCAGGAUUCAGGAGUGAAGCUGAUGUCUGCUGGACUCAAGAGUCCACACUGUACACUGGAAACUCUCAGGCUGUCAGGCUGUCUGAUCACAGAGGAAGGCUGUGCUUCUCUGGCCUCAGCUCUGAGCUCCAACCCCUCCCAUCUGAGAGAGCUGGACCUGAGCUACAAUCAUCCAGGAGACUCAGGGGUGAAGCUGCUGUCUGCUGGAUUGGAGAAUCCACACUGGAGACUGGACACACUCAGGUUGAGUGACUGUAACCUCUCAGAGAGAAGCUGUGAAGCUCUGUCCUCAGUUCUCAGCUCCCAGUCCUCUAGUCUGAGAGAGCUGGACCUGAGUAACAACAACCUGCAGGAUUCAGGAGUGAAGCUGCUGUCUGCUGGACUCGAGAGUCCACACUGUACACUGGAAACUCUCAGGCUGUCAGGCUGUCUGAUCACAGAGGAAGGCUGUGCUUCUCUGGCCUCAGCUCUGAGCUCCAACCCUUCCCAUCUAAGAGAGCUGGAUCUGAGCUUCAACUAUCCAGGAGACUCAGGGGUGAAGCUGCUGUCUGCUGGAUUGGAGGAUCCACACUGGAGACUGGACACUCUCAGGGUGGACCAUGGUGGAGAGCAGAUGUUAAAACCUGAUGUGAGGAAGUAUCUCUGUGAACUCACACUGGACACAAACACAGCAAACAGAAACCUCAAACUGUCUGACAACAACAGGAAGGUGACACAUGUGUGGGAGAAGCAGCCAUAUCCUGAUCAUCCAGAGAGAUUUGACUUCUGGCCUCAGCUGUUGUGUAGAAAUGGUCUGACUGGUCGCUGUUACUGGGAGGUCGAGUGGAGAGGAAGAGUUUAUAUAUCAGUGAGUUACAGAGGAAUCAGCAGGAGAGGAGACAGUAAAGACUGUGGGUUUGGAAGAAAUGAUCAGUCCUGGAGUCUGAGCUGCUCUGAUGGUCGUUACUCUGUCUGUCACAAUAACAGAGAAACAGUCCUCCCUCUCUCCUCGUCCUCCUCCUCCUCCUCCUCCUCCUCCUCCUCUAACAGAGCAGCAGUGUAUGUGGACUGUCCUGCUGGCUCUCUGUCCUUCUACAGAGUCUCCUCUGACACACUGAUCCACCUCCACACCUUCAACACCACAUUCACUGAACCUCUUUAUCCUGGGUUUAGGUUCUGGUCCUCUGGUUCCUCAGUGUCUCUGUGUUCUGUGUAGGAGGGAGACAACUUCCAGUCCUGUGGUUUAAAUGUUGGUGGUGGACGAGGCUUCACUUUGGUUAACAUCUGGCUCACUGAUUGUGCCUUUAAUGUCAGAAAUGUGUUUUCUUAGAAAUGGUGAAAUGAUCUCAGGGCUGAACUUGUUGUGUACAAACUGUGUUGACUCUGAUUUUCACUUUAAUAAAGUUUUCUUGGAGCAGCAUCUAGUAGCUGCUGAUGGCUGCAGAGCUUCUCAUUUAUUUCAAUAAAGGUUUGAAGACAAAAACUCGA